CAUUAUUGCGCAGAGAGGAAGGGGAGGAGGAGGAGGAGGAGGCACAGCUCUUCUUCUUCUACGAUGCGCGCAGCGCCGCCGCCGAUUCAUUUCAACGUCGCCUCCGAGCCGCUCACUCCUCCCUCUUCCCCGUUAGGGUUAGGCGUCCUCUCGUCCUCUCGCCCCCCCCCCCCCUUUUCACCAUUUCGAUGAUAAAGUGCCGUGCUUUUUUUUUGUUUGUUGUUGUUGUUGAUCAUUUCGUUUUAACCUCGCCGGGAAGGGACGAAGUUUGAAACCCGCCCCACAAGCAGCUGCUGCCGCCCGAGAGAAACGCCGGAUCCGGGUCUCUCUCGAUCCCACACAUCGCUGAACGAGCCUCGAGUAGAGGGGGAGGAGGAGGAGACGGAGGAGGAGGAGGAAGUUAUCACCGACUUCAGUGAAGUUAUUUGUUGAAUAUCUCCCCGCAGAGGACGCCUCAUCCACCCGGCAUCAUGACUCGGAGGUCCUGUUGCAUUUACGCCACCGGGAUCGUGUGCGCUCACCUCCUGAUCGUGGGUAUCGCACUGGUCGUGGCUCAAGUCUUCCAAACAAUGAUCCACAGCCGGUUAAAAAAGGAAAUUACACUGACCGAGAAGAGCCAAAUGUUUGAAGCAUGGAAGAAUCCACCUCCACCCGUUUACAUGGAGUAUUACUUCUUCAAUGUGACCAAUCCAGAGGUGUUCCUGGCGGGCGGAAAGGCAGCAGUUCAACAGAUCGGACCAUAUACUUACAGGGAAUACAGGCCGCGGGAGAACGUGACCUUCCUGGAGAACGGAACCAAGCUUUACGCCCUCAACCCCAAAACCUUUGUGUUUGUGCCGGAGAAGUCCGCCGGGAACCCCGAGGUCGACCUGGUCAGGACCGUGAACAUCCCGUUUGUGGCGAUCAUGAACGAGCUGAACUCGUACUCCUUCUUCCUGCGAACUGGGGUGUCCUUCUACCUGAACAGCCUGGGUGUCGAGAUGUUCAUGACCCGCACUGUCCACGAGGUCCUGUGGGGCUUCAAAGACCCUCUUCUCACAAAGGUCCACGCCAUGAAGCCCGAGGUGGACGAAUACUUUGGGCUGAUGUGGAAGAAAAAUGGCACCCAUGAGGGCGAAUUUGUGUUCCACACGGGGGAGGAGAACUACCUGGACUACGGCAAGAUCGACACUUGGAACGGCUUGAGGGAGAUGUCGUGGUGGUCUUCGAAUCAGAGCAACAUGAUCAACGGCACGGACGGCGCCGUCUUCCACCCUCUGAUCAACCGGAACGAGCUGCUCUACAUCUUCGCCGCUGAUCUCUGCAGGUCUAUCCAUCUAGCCUACGUCAAAGAUGUCGAGGUGAAAGGCAUCCAGGCGUACCGCUUCGCGCCCCCCAACGACGUCCUCAUGAACCCCAAAGAGAACCCCACCAACGCGGGCUUCUGCGUGCCGGCCGGAGACUGCCUCGGCACCGGGGUGCUCAAAGUCAGCGUCUGUCGAGAAGGUGCUCCCAUCGUGGUGUCUUUCCCCCACUUUUAUCAAGCAGACCCCAAGUACAUCAACGCCGUCGAGGGGCUGAGCCCCAACAAGGAGGAGCACGAGACGUACCUCGACCUGCAGCCGACCACCGGCGUUCCCAUCCGCGCCUGCAAGAGGGCGCAGCUCAACAUCAUCCUCAAGCGAGUCCAAGGCUUCCCCAAAACCAAGUUCAUCAACGAGACCAUUUUCCCCAUCAUGUUUGUCAACGAGACGGCGACCGUUGACGACGAUUCUGCAUCCCAGAUGAGGACGAUGCUCCUCAUCGUGACGCUCGUGUCUAACUUCCCGUUGCUCAUCGUGGGGAUGGGCAUCAUCCUGCUGCUGGUGCUCGUCGUCAUCUUCUGCCGGAACCGCCAGAAGAAGAAUGAAGUAAAACGUAUUGAUUUUACUGAAGCUUUUCAUUCUUUUACUACGGUCAAGGACGACACGGCCUACACGCAGGUCAGCGACAAACCCGACGAGCCGUCAGCCAACCAGCCCCCCAGGAACGGCUCCUACAUCGCCAUGUCUCCAGUGGAGGCCCAGAAGUGUUGAUCGAGGAUCCAGGCCCCCCCCGCUCACCCCUCCCCCCGCCUUCCUUUAGGCAAAAGUGGGGCCGAAGGGAGCAUCACAGGGGUGUUACAUUACCGUGGUCCGGGGGGGGGGUGCAUACGCAGCGGGGCUAAUUUAGUACUUUUUUGGGAGGGGGGGAGGAGGAGGAUCGGGGGAGGGGGGGGACACAAACCCCUGUAAACGUUUAGUCAACAAACAAACAAUGCUGCUCUCACUGAGCCUUCUUACGUCCUCUGCUACACCUGCUGAGCAUGGCCCCCGCCGCCUGCCCUACGGCCAAAACAAACCCCCCACACUCUCGUUCCUCUUUUCCACGCUGGUCGGCCUUAAAAAAAAAAAAAAAAAAGGGGGGGAGGAGGAGGAGACUUUUUCUUUCUCCAUAAUUCUUCUGAGGGAACACGUAGAAAAAGGUGUGUCUGUCGCUCUCCGAGCCGACUCCGCCCACUGACCCCCCCCCCCCCCCCCCCCGCCCGAGACUGGGUUUUAGUAUUCAGCAGAACAACAGUGGUUUCUGGGGGAGGGUUCGAGCCCAAGCAUCUUUUUAAAAAGCCCCCUUCAAACAGAACUCUAAGCUCCUUCGCUUGGAUGAUGACGUGUUUCUUUUGCUAGUGAAGACGGGACUUGGCACACCCUUUUUGGAGAGAGAUGAAUUUAAAAAGAAAGAGGAAAAAACACUGAGCCAAACUAUUUCUAGCAUCUUUGUCUUUGUCUCCUACAGUGAAUCAUUGCGCGCACACACACACACACACACACACACACACUUCCAGGGUCAGUCAGUGAAAGUGUGUGCAGCUUUUCUGGCACUGUGUGUCCUGUUUUGAUGGGAAACUCAUUUUUCUUGAUGCAGGCACUGUGUGGUGAAUAGUUGUGAUGGACACCCCCCCCCCCCCUCCCCCCCUGCAUAGAACACUAGUUAAAACAAUAUUCAGCUGCAUUUCCAAGUCCUCAGUAGUGAAGGCGAUGGCCGUUUAGCCAUGAAAACCACUGAGGACGCCACCAGUCGCUCGCUCGAGUUCACGCAUUCGAAGAGACCCCCACAGAACUCACGGGGGGGGGCCUGAACCCGCUUUCUGCCUUACAGCGGCUCAGCAUCCUGACGAUCAGCUGGAAACCUCUUCUGUCGUUGUUGUACGUGUGUAAAAGGGGGAAACCAAUGCGAUACCUCUGACCAAAACCCAGCAAACAGUCGCUCUCGUGUGUGUGUGUGUGUGUGUGUGUGUGUGUGUGUGUGUGUGUGUGUGUGUGUGUGUGUGUGUGUGUGUGUGUGUGUGUGUGUGUGUGUGUGUGUGUGUGUGUGUGUGUGUGUGUGUGUGUGUGUGUGUGUGUGUGUGUGUGCGCGCUGAAAGACACUAACUUUGCUGCGGUGCCGACCGCUGCUGCGCGUCUACACUUAUUAGAGAAAGCACAAUUUGGAUUGCGUCCAAACCAGUCCUCUCACAACUACCAGGUUUUCUUUUUCUCCUAAUAUGAUAUAUAUUUACAGCUGAUUGGUCUAAGACACUGUCAAAGUGCCAUGAAUAUAUAUAUAUAUAUAUAUUAAAAAGAGUGAUUAUCGGGGGCUUUGAGACCGCUGUGCUGUCAUCAGUUUGCAGAGGAGCUGGAGGCAUUCGGGGCAAAAAAACGCAGCACUUGAAUCACUGUUUUUUUGGUUUUUGUCUUUGUGUUUCAUGUGUUCUCAUUUUUCUGUCCACCACACGUCUCGCCAAGUCAAACCCAGUAGUAGCCACUAAUGGGAAGUGAAUUCAAGGCCGUAAUACUGUCAUCGUGGGAAUAUUCCAAUUUCCUUUGCCUGGACAUUGUGCCCUGUGUGUUUUUGUUUGUUUGUCCCGUUGGUUUCAAUGCAGGUGGUCCAUAUGUUCAAUACAUUUCAAUGGUUUGUUAGUAUCUGUCAUGAAGUUAUGAAGGAUGUUGAUGUAAGAGGGAACACGCAUCCAUGCCUGUUACUUGCUUUUCAGCACAUGGAGUGUCUUCUUUUGAUAUACUUUUUGUAUUUUAUUUGCUGCUAAAAAAAAACCCACAACAACAAAAAAAAAAUGCCAUAACCUAAUGGACUUGUAUUUGUACAUAUACGCUCAUAUCCGGUUCCAGGUUGGCCCGCAGAGGCUUUCUCUUCAAGGCUCUCCGUGUUGAACAACCCACUUUUUUUUGACAACUGAGCACAAGAUACAAAGCAAAAAGCUUGCUUCCAUUUAUUGGAAUUAGCAGUUAUUACAGUUAUCACUAGCAACCCCUUUUUUUGUAAAUGUAUCUCACUUAAUGCGGAUCGUGACCAUAUCUCUGGUGUUGUUGGAAAUCAUUUAUAGGAGUGCUAAACCCAACAGUGUGCGUGAGGUGCUUCGGAAAGGGCGGAUCGGUGACAGAGGUCGGAUUCUGGGAUGGUUUGACACUGGUGGAGUGUUUCAUUUAAGGUUGAAUCCAUUCACUAAAGGCCUUUUUAUUCCACCACCUAACAUGGAAGCAAGCACAGGCAUGUGCAAACUCACAGUACAGCGUUAUCCACCUUUAAAAAAAAAAAAGAAAAAAAAAAUCGACCUGUAGAGACCUUAAUCCCCGGACUCGUGUGUGUGUGUGUGUUUGAACAGACGCUGUGCAGCACCACACACACACACCUGGGCCAUCCACUGUCUGACCUCUACUACACCAACCUUUGGGUCCAAUCCUUGCUUGACCAAAGAUAACCUAAUAGAUCUGCCCCAGCGCCGUGUUUACUCUCCUCUGUCAUAACGCUAGUGCCACGAAACCACCGGCCAACACAUUUCUUUUCCUUUUUUUAACAUUUUUUUUUUUUUUAUAUUGUGCAACCGUACCGUAUUUGCAGCACUGUUGUGUCCAUGUGCCUUUCUACAAUAAGGCAAGAAAAUGGAAGAAAUUUCACAAGUUUGAUUGAUGGGUAUUUUUUUCUUUUUCUUUUUUUGUCCACCAGUUUAAGAGCAAACAAAAGUAGUUGAUGCUCUUUGUGAGCUGAUGUCAGUAUUAUGUAAAGACAAAGCAAUACGGCGUUGUGUAAAACUAAUUGAUUCAAUAAGGGGCCACACAAUAUUUAUGUAUCUCUUUUCUUGAACUGAAGCAUUUCAUGUUUCCUUGAUUUAGUUUUUCUUUAAUGGUUCUAUUCAUUUCAUUAGUGAUUUCAUUUUUUUUUUUCACACACUGAAAAUACAAAAAGGUGUUUAAAAAGAUGGACCAGUAUGUGGCAGUGGGAGCUGCCCAGAGACCUGUUAACUGUCCGUAAGAGUGAUCAUGAAUGGUUUUUGGAUUUGGGUGUUUGAGAACUUGUGUGAGUGAGUUGUUUGUUGUCUGUUGACCCGAAGUGAUGUAUUUUUUUUUUUUUUUUACUGGAAGGCUGAUUAUCUUGAUGACUGAGUAAAGUAACACAUUGAUGCAGUGUAAACCUACCUAGAUGAAUGAAGCCCUCCUUCAGGGAUGAGCACUAGUGCCAUACCAUUCUCUAUUAUUAUUAUUAUUAUUAUUAUUUGACUUGGUCUCUGUAACAACUGCAUUUGCCCAUUUUUGAUGUUUUGAAGUCACUAACAGACGUGUCCUCUUGAUAUUUGUUUUGCUGCUGAAACUGACAAUCCUUGUCAUGUGAGGUGCAAAAUGAAUAAUGAGUAAUAUCCAUUUUUAGUUUUGAUAAUUUACACUGCACAGAUGUUUCUACAGUGCUUUUGUAAACAUUUAUAGUGUAUUUGCAAAAAAAUAAAAGCUGCACUUGAGUGCAAAAGGUCA